AUGUCCCUCCGUGCUACCACCGUCCGUCCCCGUCCUCGAAACAACGCCCCUCGCAAUCCUCUGCUCCCUGUCAACCUGGACACCAAUGCCGUCACAAGCCUGUUCCACCUCCGUCAGGACAACGCAGCUCGGAUUCUGAAUGGGCCACAGCCUGAGGCCUCGUCGAGCUCUGUCAGUUCUUCUUCUGCCCCUGGCAGCUCUCGCCUACCGCUCGCCUCGCUCUCUCCUUCGUCCUCUCCCUCUGCCAGCUGGCAAGUCCCGUCGCCCUCUCUGAGCUCUCAGACGCCGAGGGAGUCGGGCGAGAAGAUCAACGAGGACUGGCUUGCGUGGUACCUGAAGACAGACUGGCUGGAGGAGAACGUGGACUAUCCGAUACUUCAGAUAGCCCCAGCUGCACCACGAAUCCGAGGCGGCGGAACAGAGGAGGAUGAAGAGGGUCAGAAGGGUGGGGAGGGGAAGGAAGGGCUGAGCGGAGGGAGUGAGGGUUGGGGAGUGCUAGAUGAUAGGAUGUUUACGUGA